AUGGCUGCGAAGAAGAGCGUCGUGGUAACGGCAGACUUCUCUAACGUCGAUCAUCUUCAUGCAGGAGGUGCCUCUGGAAUAGGGUUGGGAAUCACCCGUUCGUUUGCAGAACAUGGUGCACAUAUUUCCGUUCUUGAUGUGAACCCAGAGGGCGCCCAGAUUGUCAAAGGGCUGUCGUCAGAGUAUCCCAAUGCUACUUUCUCGUUCAUGAAAGCCGACAUCUCCCAGUGGGAUGAGCUGGCAGCAGUGUUUGAGCAGAUCUAUCGAGAACAAGGCCGGAUCGACGUGGUGAUGGCCAAUGCUGGGAUAUCCAAAGAACCGAAAUUGAUCGUGGACGAGGAUACGCCUUCAAGACCACCGUUGCAUACCUUGGACGUCAAUUUGGUUGGGACAAUAUACAGUGAGUUCGAAAUUGUUCCCCCUAGCGAUGGAUCGGUCAGUGACCCUCGCACAGCCGUCAAGCUGGCUAUUCACUACAUCAGGAAGAAUGCUGUCGUGAACGGGGCCACAGUUCCUUCCAAAGGCUCCAUCAUCUGCACAGCAUCGAACGCCGGGUUAUAUCCGUUCGCAGUUGCACCAAUUUAUGCCGCGUCCAAGUUCGGAGUCGUCGGUUUGGUGAGGUCUCUCGCACGUCAACUCGAGAGGCAGGCGAUCCAGAUCAACGCUUUGGCCCCAGCUGUUCUUGAAACAAACAUUGCUCCCGACAAAGCGUUAUUCAAGACCAUGAUCCUCACACCCAUGUCCACACUGACACGAGGAGUCCAACAGCUUGUCUCGAAUCCAUCCUUGACAGGACAGAUUGCUGAGAUUCAUGGGGAAAAUGUGUCCCUGAGAGAGCCGACCCCAUACGUCGAUGAGGAUACCGGCACGAACAUUGAGACGUUCUGGUCCUUGGGAUAUGCCUGA